AUGGUGGAAGCUGAGGCAACUGGUGGCGCCCGCAAAAGCGUCCGGGCCCUGCAGUCCCCCCAGUGCCCUAGCCCCACCUCGUGGUCCCUGAUGCCCACGCCGCAGGAAGGCCAAGAGCCUGCGGGGCGACCGCCCAGAGAAUGCAGUCAGGCAGCGCAGGUGCGCGUCAGCAGCUGGUGCGCCAACAGAAGGAAGAAGAGGAAAUGUGGCGAAUGCACGACGGACUGGAAGCGGCGGCUGUGCACCUCCAAUGUGCUCUCCACCAGCAUGCUCUGGGGCUCCGCCACUUCGGUGCCAACUUGGGCUCCAAUGCCUUCAGGAGCAUCCCUCACCCUGCCUUCACAGGCUGACAGGCCCUUUGGCAGGCACUGCUGCUGCGAUGACAGGGGGGAGGGGGGCGUCUGGUAA